AUGGCAACAGAUAAGUAAAAAGUGAGCUCCUCGGACGCACGACAACACACCAACUGAAGUGGAAAGCGGCUCCUGUUCUGCUCCUUGUCCCAUUUCGGACGCUUCGCACAAGUCGGGUCGGCUUCAGACCGCUGCAGGACUGAAACAAAAGGAAGAGGUCAGAGUCAAGAAGACAGUUUGGUAUUUGACUCGUGCGUUUGCCUACAGUUUGCCGACGGUUAAUAUUUUUGGGCUCUUUAUGUCAGGUAAUUAGUAUCCAACUGUGUAAAGUUUAUAGGCGGAACGGUGGAAUUCAACAGUUUUCGUUUGCCUCCUCUAAGACUAAAUUUAACUAAUGACGGCAGAGGUUCAGCAGCCCCCAGCGCAGACUCCUGCUCAGAGCAGCCCCAUGUCGGCUCCGGAGAAGCCGCACGGACAGACGGCGGUGAUGGAAACCGCCUCCUCCACUACGAAAGCCAAAAAGACAAACGCAGGGAUCCGCAGACCUGAGAAACCCCCGUAUUCAUACAUAGCUUUGAUAGUUAUGGCUAUACAGAGCUCUCCAACCAAGCGCCUGACGCUCAGUGAAAUAUACCAGUUCCUACAAAGUCGCUUCCCGUUUUUCAGGGGCUCAUAUCAGGGAUGGAAGAACUCCGUGCGUCACAACUUGUCCCUGAACGAAUGCUUCAUUAAGCUGCCAAAGGGCCUCGGCCGGCCAGGGAAGGGCCACUACUGGACUAUCGACCCGGCUAGUGAGUUUAUGUUCGAGGAGGGCUCCUUCAGAAGGAGACCCAGGGGUUUCAGGCGCAAGUGCCAGGCGCUGAAGCCCAUGUACAGCAUGAUGAACGGCCUGGGAUUCAACCACAUCCCCGAGUCCUACAACUUCCAGGGGAGCGGCGGGGGCCUGUCCUGUCCGCCCAACAGCUUGCCUCUGGACAGCGGGAUUUCGAUGAUGAAUGGACACUUGACAGGUAACAUGGACGGGAUGGGUCUGUCCGGGCACACCAUGUCACACUUGUCGACCAACAGUGGACAUUCAUACAUGGGAAGUUGUACAGGAUCCACUGGGACUGAGUAUCCCCACCACGACAAUUCCGCCUCCCCUCUGCUCACCAGCGGAGGAGUCAUGGAGCCUCACCCCGUCUACUCGAGCUCAGCCUCGGCGUGGGCUUCGGCGCCCCCGGCCUCGCUGAACAACGGGGCAUCCUAUAUAAAGCAGCAGCCCCUGUCUCCUUGUAAUCCAGGGACAAACCCGCUGCAGCCAAGUUUGCCCACACAUUCACUGGACCAGUCGUACCUGCACCAGAACGGGCACAGUACUACAGAUUUACAAGGUAUUCCUCGGUACCAUUCCCAGUCUCCAAGCAUGUGUGACCGAAAGGAGUUCGUCUUCUCGUUCAACGCCAUGACGUCCUCGGCGAUGCACUCACCGAGCAGCGGCUCGUACUACCACCACCAACAGGUCGCCUACCAGGACAUCAAGCCCUGCGUCAUGUGAUGCCUCCGCGGACAAUCUGCAGACCACAAAACGGUUUCACAGACUUGAGCCACGCAGCAGAGUGAACUGAGACGAGAACAAACAAGUAAAAUAACCACUGAGAGACAGAGGGGGGCCUGGAGAGAGCUCACUGCUUCAAGUAGACCGGACUACUUUUCUGUACUGUUUUACACAUCACCGACAAAGACACGGAGACAGGCCAAUCGCAAAGCAAACCACAUAAUAAUAAUAUAUAAUAAAAACGUCUUUCAUGUCAUCAACAUCGACCAGCGGGGUACAGAGCGGCUGUAUGAAACCCUGCUGUUUGGUACUACUAGUCCUGCAGAGCGGAUGACUACCACUUCACACUUUUGUUCAUGUUUAUUCUUCUUGUUAAAAUAGGCCCAUGUAAAAUAAUAAUAAUAAUAAUAAUAAUGCACACGUCCAAUUUUCUCCGUCUGAAGUUUUUACUUUUCUUUCCUUUGACAAAUUAGACUGAGGCUUUCUCUUUUUUUUUUUUUUUUUUUGGACUUUCAUACCAGCGUUGAAUUUCGAAAUGAAUAAUUAUGGACGCCGCAUACAUAUGUCCAUAUAUACUGUGUAAAAAUGAUGAAGGCACUUUUUGAAUAGCCUAUAAGCGCAACUUUUUAUUUAUUCUUUAGGCCUACAUAUUUUAAUUUCAGGCGAAUUGGCCAAGGAGGUAUAUUCUUUAUUGGCAAUAUUUGUCAGAACGCUUGUUAUUUGUUUUAAAAUGAAAAUUGAGGAUAUAUUGUAAGCACUGUUAUGUCGUUUGUGUUAGAUAUAUGUAGACCUUUACUUCCAGCACUGUAUACUUAUAUAUUGUUAGGAAAAUUAGCGAGGGUCCAUCAGUGAGGGCUGAUCUUUAGGGCUAUAUUACAAAUCAUUUGUAAGAAAUAAAAUAUAUCUGUUGGGCUGUUUAAGCCUAAAUCCACAAAAA